AUGGAACAGAUAACGGUCUUUUUAUGUAAAAAUUUACUUAGACUUAAUACAACUACUUGGACAUGAAAUAAUUUGACUACAGGCCAUCCGCCUAAGCUUGAGGGGCCUGCAUUAAACUAUCAUAACAAGAAACUAUAUUUAGCAGGUGGAUAUGCCCCUUAUUUAGAAAAUCCAUAUACUCACACAUUUUUUUAUUAUGAUUUAGUAUCAAAUAAAUGAGUAAAUGCUACUUCUGAAAAAACUUAUACCCCGAGAAUACAUCAUGGGCAUUUUAUAUAUAAGGAUCAAUUAUUUUUGAUGUCAGGGUAUAAUUUAUUGACAAACUCUAUUGAUAAUUCCUGAUACAAAGUAAACUUGACUGAUCCAAGCUAUAAUUGGGUUAAAGUAGAAAUUAUAGAUAAUGAUUAUUAUACAUGGCAUGAUAGCUAUGGUUUUGCACUUUUUGAGGACAAAAUUUUUACUUUUGGGGGUAAUAAAAUAUCAGAUAUUAUUCUAUUUAAAAAAAUUUUAAAAAUUAUAUUCGUUUUACCAUAUUCUAUUUUCUAUAUAAAUAUAAAAUGAUAUUAUAUAAGCGGUAAUUUAAUUUGAAUUAAUUAAAAUACCAACAGAUUGUCAAUUUACAACUUAAAAACAGACCCUAUUGAUAUGUAUGCUCUUUCAGAAAAUGUUUCUCCUUCGCCUAGAAUGUAUCAUUCUUUUCAAGAAAUAGGGCAAUAUCUUUAUACAUUUGGAGGAAUAGGGGAUAAUGGUGAACUUUUAAACGAUUUAUGAAGAUUUGAUACCAUAAAUGAAAGUUGAGAAAUAAAGCUCCCUAAUGGAGACAUCCCAUCUAAAAGGCACAGCUAUGCUUCAGCUUCUGAUGGAGACCAUAUGCUUAUAUGAGGUGGAAAAGGCCAGGAAGGCUACUUAAAUGAUGGGUAUUUUUAUAACAUAAAUACCAAUAUGUGGUAUCCAUUAGUAUUUUCAGGAACUAACCCAAGCCCAAGAGUAGGCGCUUGUAUAGGACUAAAAGGAGAAACUGUUUAUUUAUACGGCGGUGAAGCAGAUGCUGGGCUAUCUGAUGAAUUUUGAUAUUACAGCAUUGACACACAAACUUACACACUUUUAGAUUCAGAUAACUUAAAUGGUCCUGGCCCAUUAAUUUAUCCUACCUGCAAACUUUCAGCUACUACCGCCACCUUAUUCUAUAGGCAUUUCGCCUAUAUUGCCCGAUAUGGGCCAAAACUUGAGAUUACUUCCUCUCAAGUUGGUUUGACCCAACUUAGGUUGGCCAAACAAAUCAGAGAGUUUAGGGAGUUUCCCUCUCCUUUUGGUUUGGCUAAUAUAAGUUGACCAUAUCGGGCGAUUUAGGCAAAAUGCCCUAUAUAUAAUGUAUGGUGAAAGUGAUGAUAAUUUUUCAACAAAUAAAAUAUAUGGAUAUACUGUAAAUACAGGAAGAUGGACAAAAUACUAUGAUGAAAGCACAGAUACAUUACACAAAAAAAGCCGAGCUGCAAUUUUAAAGGUUCCAAGCAUGGUUCUCAUGGCUGGUGGUGAAUCAGAUGGAAUUUACCCAGAUAUUAUUAUUUAUACUUAUGGGACUAAAACUGGGCAAUGAGAAGAUCUUGGAUUUAUGCUUUUUUCAGUUAUAGCUGAGGAAAGAUUUUAGUUGACCUUUAAGCUUAUUAGGGCAAACAAUUGACUUUUGAUAAGUUAAAUGGAGUAAAAAUAAAGGCUUUAUGGAUUCAUUUAUUCAAUUUUUAUAGUAAAAUAAAUGACUAUAUUUUAAGUGAAGGGCACGGCAAAAGCGUGCCCAAACUAUAUAGGUCCGGCAUCUACAUAUUUUAAGAAUUAUUUUUAUAUCCACGGAGGGGCAACUGCUGAAAGGGCUUUAUUAAGAUUCAGUGUGCCUUCCAAUAAAUUUAUCCGUAUGGACUUAGGAGCAUUAUGCACAAGCGAAGAGUGCCCUUUUACUUGCAGCCCUGGGACCUAUAUAACUUCUUCAGGUUGUGAAAUUUGUCCACCAGGGACAUAUUCUCAAGACUUUGGUCAAUUUAAAUGCAUGCUUUGCCCUAGAGGAAAAUAUAACCCUCAUUCUGCCGCUACAACAGGAGAUAUGUGCUAUCCUUGUCAGCAAGGGCAAUUUAGUAAUAAAGAAGGCCAAAGACUUUGCAAUGACUGUCCAUUUGGAGCAGCUUGCAAUAUAGGGAGCCUAAAUUAUGAAUUCAAAAUAUUAAACCUCAAUGACUCAUCAAUCCAGCCAUCAUUAUACAAAUCAAACCAAAGCCAAGUCAAUGAAAAUAAUAUGAUCACAGGGAUUGUUGUAGGCUCUUUUGGAGCCAUAAUUAUUGUUUUAUUGGUCGCAAUAAAGAGAAAUAGAGUAUAUCUCUUGGCUUGGGAUUUAUAUACGGAAGAGCAUAAUUAUUUAGAAAGAACACUUAUGUAUAUAAGAAGAACAAGGGUUGGUGGGAUAUUUGGGAUUGCCUUUAUAUUUGUAGCAAUAGCCAUCAUUGAAAUUUUGAUUGUGAAUUAUUUGAAAAAAAAUGAAUAUGAGACUAAAAGCUUGGUACCACUUGUAGUGCUGAAACAAGAUGUGCCAAAUGUAAACUUUAUGUAGUUUGAAGGGGAUUUUUAUAUAGCUCGGGCCUUUAUUUUGGAUAGUAUAAAAAAAAUAUAUUACAAAGAAAAAAUGGUUUUAAAACUGCAAUUUAAGACUAAAUAUAAAAAAAUAAAAAAUAUUUGAUGCUCAUUUGGAGUAUUUUCCUUACUUCCCCUUUCGUUUCUUGAUUUAAUGAUUCCAUUUAAAAUUCUACCUUUCCUAAAAUUCAUCUGCCUAUUUGUGCUAAUAAUGAUUAUUGUAGAUACUUCAAUCUAGUAACUUCUACGAAUUCUUAAGCGAUUUUUAGUAUAUUUAUACUAUAUAUUGCAACAUUAGCGCAUAAACUUUGUAUGCGAGAAAAAAAAUUAAUAUAAUAAUUCUGCGGGUUAAAAAUAUAUUUUUUCCCAGGAUUUUAAUCAAUCACAGGGGGAAUUUAGGAUCCUAAAAGCAAGCACCAGCUAUAUUACAAUAACACUUAUGAAUUAUGGAGGGAUUUGUGCUAAUAUUGAUAAUUAUAAUAAUAUAGUGUGCCCUUCAUCUAUUUCUUAUAAAAUUGAAGGAAUUACUGGCAGCUGGGAAGAGCAGCAUUGUAUGCAUAUGGAAAAUGGAGACUGCAUAAUAAAAAUUAACUGUGCCAAAUGCUCAAUUGAUACGCAAGGAUAUGUAUAUUAUACGAUGGACGACUCAAACGGAUACACUUCAGGAUUUAUAGUAAAUGUGACUUCAUCUUCAUCUAUUCCUGAUAAAUCAAGCAGCUAUAAAACUGCAGUUUUGCCUGAAAAUAAUUAUACUCUUUGUAUUAAUUUUAGCUGGUGAAGCACACAAAAAAAUAAUAUUUAGCAAUUAUAAUAAAUAUGACUUGAUUAAGUUAAAGAUAAGCAUCUAUAGUCUCACUCUAUAGUGCAGAGUGAUAAUUUUAUACAAGUGGGUUCCACCUUAACACAGCCUUUUAAAGCCACUAUUUUUCGGUUUAGGAUUUCCUAAAUCAAUCACCUGUACGGAUUUUGUUGGGCUUUAUUAUCAGUAAGGUUUUCACUCACGUUGCGUCAAUCCUUGCAACCCUUGGCUAGAUCACCUCUUUUGAUCAAAUCUAUUAGCUAUAGAGAUAUGAGCUGCCUCCUUUAUACUUGCCAUUCUAAAAUAAAAAUUAAUCACCAUUAAAGAAAAGCCCACAAACUGCUUUAUAGUUAGAUCGCGAUGCCUCAUUUGAGCAUCUAAAUUCAGUCGCUUUUCGCAGUCAUUUUACGUAUGUCAAAUAUGACUAAAAACAUUAUUUUGGAUAAUAAAGAAUACGUGUUCAUCGGUGGAACCACGACAAUAUAUUAUGAUAUGAUCCCAUCAGUAACCAAUAUUUAGUACUACGAAGAUACAAUAUAUAAUAAAGAUGAUACCGGAUACCACGUUGAAGUUAAAAAUAUUCCAGACAAAGGCUUGCAAUAUCAAUCUAUUGAGUAAAAUUUAUAUAGACUGGGAAAUGCAUUUAUUAAUUAUUUAACCUUGGAGCUUGAUCUUGAUGGAAAUGGGCUUGUUACAAGUAAAGGGGCUAAGCAAACUUUUAUAAACCUUAUUUCUGCACUUUUAGGAUCUGUUAUAGCUGUUUUAAAGAUUUUAGGAACUGCAAUGGGGACGACUGAGGACAGCUGGCACCAGAUAAAGAAAACUUCAGUGCAUCGGAAAUUGGUAAAAGAAACAAAAAGAAAUGCAGAAAAUAUCCAUAGUUCUUAUGGAAAAUGGCAAAAGAACGGCUAUGAUGAUGCUAUGUCUUCUGAAGGAAUGGAAGAGCUAGAUUUUAAUUAUGAAAAAUAA